AUAUAGUUUUGGGAAGGUGGCGGUAAAUAGAAAAAGAAAGAAAGGGGGGGUUGUGGUCAGAGAAGGCAGACCGCAUUAACUUCCGAACAACCACUACUACUCUCACUAUUGACCCAUUCCAAAUCCUUCUCCUUCCUCUCACCCCACCUCACCUCAGCUACUCCUUCAUUUCUCUGAUUCCUACCACUUCCUGAACUUCAUGGAAAUGGAGACCAACACUAACACCUUCUUUAUCUAAUCCUCAACCAUUUCCAUUUUCAAGUCUACCCCUUCUCGGGUUUGGGUAAUGGCUCCGACAGAGGUGAAAACGCUAUUUCUUUCUCUUUUCGUGUUAAUUUGGUUGUCCAGAAUGGGCGUCUCUGAUACUAUGUUUAACGAGUCAGGAAUUGGGUAUUCGGUUGUUUCCAGAAAGGAAAUUUCAAAAGGACGGUGCCCACAUGGUUGGAUUAUUAGCCCAAGCAAGACUAAGUGCUUUGGUUUCAUGUCCAGCCCUAAAUCAUGGAAUGAUUCAGAGACCCAAUGCAAUAGUUUUGGUGGGAACUUAGCAGCUCUGGUAACAUAUCAAGAGUUUAGCUAUGCACAAAAUCUGUGUAAUGGAACUCUUGGUGGCUGUUGGGUUGGUGGCAGAGCGUUCAACUCUUUGAAUGAUUUCGUUUGGAAGUGGUCAGAUAAUGUUUCAAAAUGGAACGAUUCCAUUUUUCCCAGCGCAACUUUGCAAUCGAACUGCAAAAAUGCCUCUUGCCUCCGGAAUGAUUCGGUUGAAACAUGUACAUUAAUAUUUGGUGGACCAGCAACACCAUUCCUUAGGGACGAGAAAUGCAACAGUUCUCACCCUUUUAUAUGCAUGAUAAACCUAGAUGAUAGAUGCCACCGAAUGCACUGUCACAAGGAGUAUCUAGUUAUUCUAGCUGUUGUGAGUGGGUUGAUAUUUUGCACAACUUUAGCUGUGGUGAUUUGGCUUCUAGCCCACAAGAGGAGCAAAAAGCGGAGAAGGUCGCGGAAGCCAUCCAACCCUGCAGCUUCUGCACUGGUACCGCCUUUGUGGAGGGUGUUUACCAAAGAAGAGCUAAGAUCAAUGACAAAAAACUUCAGUGAGGGAAACCGUCUUCUCGGAGAUGCAAAAACAGGCGGUACAUACAGUGGACUUCUACCUGAUGGUUCAAGAGUUGCAAUUAAAAGGUUGAAGAAGUCCAGCUUUCAGAGGAAAAAGGAGUUUCAUUCAGAAAUUGCAAGAGUUGCUAGGCUUCGUCACCCAAAUUUAGUUGCCCUGAAAGGAUGCUGCUAUGACCAUGGUGACCGCUACAUUGUUUAUGAAUUCAUUGUUAAUGGGCCCUUAGAUAGAUGGCUUCAUCAUGUACCAAGAGGUGGUCGAAGCUUAGAUUGGACUAUGAGAAUGAAAAUUGCCACGACUCUUGCCCAAGGGAUUGCGUUCCUUCACGACAAGGUCAAACCACACGUGGUACAUCGUGAUAUCCGUGCGAGUAAUGUGCUUCUCGAUGAAGAAUUUGGAGCACAUCUGAUGGGAGUUGGCCUAUCGAAAUUGGUUGCAUAUGAAGUGAUGCAUGAGAGGACAGUGAUGGCAGGAGGAACCUAUGGAUACCUUGCUCCUGAAUUUGUCUACAGAAACGAGCUAACAACAAAGAGUGAUGUCUACAGUUUUGGGGUCCUAUUGCUUGAAAUUGUAACCGGACGAAGGCCUGCACAGGCAGUUGAUUCAGUUGGUUGGCAGAGCAUUUUUGAAUGGGCAACCCCGCUCGUGCAGGCUCACCGUUACCUAGAUCUAUUGGAUCCUCAUAUAACAGCCACUUCAACUUCUGAAAUCCCAGAGGCUGGCAUUGUUCAAAAGGUUGUGGACCUUGUUUAUGCUUGCACACAGCAUGUCCCGUCCAUGCGACCUAGAAUGUCACACGUCGUUCAUCAACUGCAACAAUUGGCUCCCUCUCCUCUCACUACGAAGUAAAGGUAUUCAUCAGACUUCAAGAUGAUUUCCUAUUGCAAGAUUCUAACUUGGCAAGAAGCCAGUUAAUGUAGGAUAGGAACCAAGGUAGGCAGUUUACAUUUAACCCAAUUUCUGAAUAGUUUUAGAAUGCUAAGUCUCUCGUGUGCACAAACUAUCGUGCAUUUUAAUAUGUAAUGGUUAACAAAAACGAUUAUUUAGUAUAACUUCACAAUUUAUCAAGCAAAAUGCAUUCGGCAGUUUGCUUUUAUUUUAAUGGAAUAAUCUGUUUUUAUGAGAA